AUGGACUACUUGAAUAUGAUGGCCUUCCCGUACAUCAAGGAGCACCAAUACCUCGCGGAGCCUUACCGAUUUUUGACUCCCUAUUCCGGACAUCCGUUUUACGUGUCGGACACCUACUCGAGUCUUCCCUGUCCCCACGGGGACCGCCACCUCCGCGGCAUAAGCAUGGAACUGUCGAAUCGCGACCUGUGGCGGCAAUUCAAGAACCAAGAGACCGAAAUGAUCAUCACGAAAAGCGGAAGGCGUAUGUUUCCGGCGAUCCAGAUAAGCGUCCGCGGCUUGAAUCCGGACAAAAAGUACUCGGUGGCCAUCGAAAUGGUACUGGUUACGGGUCACCGUUACAAGUACAACAGCACCGGUGGGGAGAACAAGUUGGCCGGUUGGACCGAGUCGGGCCCGGCCGAGGCCCAGCCGCCCUUGGGCCGUAGGUUUUUCUGGCACCAGGACGGCCCGGCCCCGGGUGCCCACUGGGAACAACAGCCCCUCAACUUUUCCAAGCUCAAACUCACCAACAACGCCCAGGAGUUGCACGGCAAUAUACUCCUUACCUCGAUGCACAAGUACCUGCCGAGGAUAUGGAUCGUCCAGUGCGACCACACGCCCUCCCUGGACCACAUAACGCAGUUGCCCGCCGCGGUAUUCGAAUUUCCCGAAACUGAAUUCAUCGCCGUCACUGCCUAUCAGAACGAAAACAUCACGAAGCUGAAAAUCAACCACAACCCCUUCGCCAAGGGCUUCCGGGAGAACGGGCUGUCGGCCAAGCGGAAGCGCGGCCUCUGCGACUCGGGCAAGCCGGACAAGAGCACGACCGGCGGCGUCGGCCCCACCACCAACGACACGAGCGUCGUUUCCGACGACGACAACAGCAGCGACAAGUUUGACGAGGCUCUGACCCCCGUGUCCAGCCAGCACUCGUCGCCCCCGGCCUCGCCCAAACGAUUCUGCCCGGAAAAUCGGCAGCAACGGUCCCACGAGGUGACGAGCGCCAACGCGUUGGCCGAUUCGUACACGUCGUACCGGCCCCUGACGCCCGACUCGCCGGACGAGUUGGCCGAGCCGAGGGACAGCCACCCCCAGGAUCUUCGGAAAGUGAAGGUCGAGUGCGAGGUGAAAUCGGAGCCGAGGGAGCAUCACGGGGUCGAAGAGGGGCCGGCCGCGAUUGUUCACAGGCCUUGGGAGGACAGGCCGUGGUUCGACAUGGCGAGGAAGGAGUCGCUGCCGGUGGUGGGGGCGUCCUGCGAUUAUUGGUGCGGUUACGAUCGCCCCAUGAACUACAGCCAUCACCAGCGAUCGGUGGAGCAGGAGGAGGUGAUCCGCCAACGGACGGCGGAGUACUUGCGACAAAUGGGAUCGCCCUACGGGCCGCGGUUGUAG